AUGGAGAUCGACACGGCAUAUAGUUUGCCAAAGGAUUCCACGAUACCACCCACAGAAACACAGAUCAACAAAAGUACUUCUGAACCUUCGAUUAAUCAUAAAGCCAAUCUUGGAGACAAGCCCGAGGACACUUUUCAGGAACAGUCUACUGUCAAAGUCUCGUUAGUCCUCCUCGCAGUAUUAACAAGCAUGUUCCUCGUCGCUCUAGACAGAACAAUAAUCACCACCGCCAUCCCAGCAAUGACCGACGAAUUCGACUCCUUCCCAGACAUCGGCUGGUACGGGAGUUCCUACCUCCUAACCUGCGCGGCCUUCCAACUGCUCUUCGGAAAGCUCUACACGCUUUUCGACAUCAAAUCGGUGUUUAUGCUGAGUAUCUUGUUAUUUGAAUUAGGUUCUGCUGUAUGCGGGUCCGCAAGGACGAGUUCAGCUUUUAUAGUGGGACGAGCGAUUUCGGGGGUGGGUGCUGCUGGGAUAUUCGCUGGUUCGGUCGUCUCCAUAGUUUACGCCGUCCCCCUCCACAAACGCCCCAAAAUCCAAGGACUAUUCGGCGCGAUCUUCGGUCUCUCAUCAGUAGCCGGUCCUUUAAUCGGUGGUGCUUUUACCUCGAAUGUGUCUUGGCGAUGGUGUUUCUAUAUCAAUCUACCUUUCGGUGCUUUAGCUAUGGCCAUCAUUCCUUUUUGUCUCAAGAUUCCGUCACGGGACACGACUCGUCUUCCAUGGAUGAAAAAGCUGGCGCAGUUUGAUGGACUGGGAUGUCUUUGUUUUAUGUCGGGUGUGGUUUGUCUUGUUUUGGCGUUGCAGUGGGGUGGUGUUAGUUACAUGUGGAAUGAUGCUCGUAUCAUAGUACUCCUGACACUUAUGAGCGUCCUGCUCGUCGCUUUUGUAGUUGUACAAAUAUCCAUGCCGACUACGGCACUUGUACCUCCGCGGAUCAUCAAACAGCGAAGUGUCUUUACCGGCUUUCUCGCAACCAUUUUCAUUGGCGCUGCAACUUACAUCGAAGUCUUCUUCCUUCCGAUCUGGUUCCAAGCCAUCAAAGGCUCAGACGCAAUAGGAUCCGGAAUCCGCCUUCUCCCUCUCAUGCUAUCAAUGGUCGUAUCUUCCAUCGCCGGUGGACUUACUAUUCAAAAAGUAGGCUAUUACACACCCUUCGCCAUAGUCGGAUCAUCAAUCAUGUCACUUGGUGCGGGGCUACUCACAACACUUCACGUGGAUUCCUCGAACGGCCACUGGAUUGGCUACCAAAUCCUCUUUGGUUUCGGUCUUGGUUUAUGUCUACAAGCUCCAAAUCUAGCAGCGCAGACGUCUCUUCCCACAAAAGAUGUUCCGAUUGGAGUAGCGCUUGUCUUCUUUGGUCAGCUCCUUGGGGGAGCCAUUGCCGUGCCUGUUGGACAGAAUAUUCUCGACAAUCAACUCAUCGAGAAGCUCUCAGGCAUUGCUGGAUUUGACUCGAGUCUUAUCACGUCGGGUGGAGCUGUCGCACUCAUUUCGUCGCUUCCAUCUGAUGUUAGGGCUAUGGUACUCGAGGCGUACAACAAUUCCUUACGAUCGGUGUUUGUAAUCGGAGCGGUCGUAUCGUGUCUUUCUGUGGUGAGCGUAGCUGGACUUGAAUUCCGAAGCACUCUCAAACCAAAGCCCCAACAUGUCACUGAAAAAGGCCCCGCUGUUCCGGAGCCCAACACUUUGGAGAAGAACGCAAGUAAUAGGUAA